AGAUUUUGGCUGAACCCAGGCGUUUAGUGCAGAGCGCAGUUGCGUCUAUAUAGUAGCACCAAUCAUCGGAGAUUCGCGCUCCGAAUCUCGCCCGACGGAUUCCGGAAUCGUGCGAAUCUACUUCGGGAACCACUCACGAGCCCCCUCGCCUGCUGCACGCAUGUCGAAGCGCAAGCCCUCGCACGCAGCUGGAUAUUUCUACGACGGCAGCGAUGCCGCCAGUCCGAGGCCGUCGCCGGCAAUCAGGCCCUCGCCGCCUUCUUCUGACUAUCCCCCGUCUAUUAACUACCCCCCUUCCAACAACUAUCCCGCUUCGACUAACUAUCCCCCUUCCGCUUAUUAUCCCACUUCCACUAAUUAUAGCCAUUCCACUGACUACCCUCCUUCCACUAACUAUCCCUCUUCGACUAACUGUCACUCUUCUACUGCCUAUCCUCCUUCCACUAACUAUCCUCCUCCUACUAACUGCCCUCCUUCCUCUAACUACCCUCCUUCCUCUAACUACCCUCCUUCCUCUAACUACCCUCCUUCCGCUGCCUAUCCCCCGUCCAGUAACCAUCCGCCCUCUCCGUCCCCCCCUCAGCUUCUCCGCUGCGAGCAGCGGCGGCCCGGUCACUUAGCCUACCACCCUCUCCUCCCGCACCACGCGAUCGACUUCCUCGCCUUCCUGGAUCGCAGCCCGCCGUGCGACGUCGCGAGCCUCUUUCGCGAGCUCUUGCGCGACCUGGCGACGCGAAGCCUGCGCGACUUCCACCUGCGGAUCGCUGGCGAGCAGCCGACGCACUGGCGCGGAGGGGGCCGCGGAGGGGGGCCCGGAGGGGGGCGCGGAGGGGGGCGCGGACAUGACAGGGGCAGCGGUCGCUAUGGCUCCCCGCACUCGGGCCGGGGUCCGCCGUUCAGGGAGGGUCGGGCGGACGGGGGGUUUCCGCCAGGGGCCAGCAGCGGCGGCGGCGACGGCGGGCAUGCACAGAGGCCGUUUGUGGUGGAGGUGAUGUUUGGGGAGGAGCACGAGGGGCCCGUGGCGGUAGACGUGCCGCACGGGUGCAUCGCCUGUAACCCCCUCGCUCCGCUCUUCCCCGCUGCUGCUGGCGCUGGCGCGGGCGCGGGCGCGGGCGCGGAUGCUGGGGCAAGGGCAGGUGUAGACGCAGGUGGAGAGCCAGGAAGAGGCGCGCAGGGGGUGGGCCCGGUAGGGGGUACAAGGUCGGGCGAAUCGGGGGCUGGUGGAAAGGCGGAGGGUGAGGAGACAUGUGAUGCGCAACAGCAUGGGCGUGAGAACGAGGUGCAGGGGGGAGAGGAUGGCGCACGGGCGACAGGAGCAGCAGCUGCAGCAGGGGGGGACGUUGAUGCGGUGAUGACAUCAGGAGACCUGAUCUUGCGUGAGUACGAGGCAGACCAGCCACACGUGCGAGUGUCCCUGGACGCACAGGGCCGAGCCGGGCUGAUCAUAACCCCCGUGCGGCACGUGGAAUCCCUAGUGGACCUGGACGAUAGUGAACUAUACGAGUUCUUUCACACUGCUAUUGCUGCAGUGCAGCAGGAGAAGGUGGUCUGCUCCCGCAUGGUGGUUAACCACGGGUCGUACCGCAACCUGCCGCACCUGCACCUCAAGGUGUUUUUGGAGGAGGACUCGUUUGAGGAGGCGAAGAGAGGGUGGGAGGGGGAGAGGGCGGCUAUGUGGGAGAGGCUGAUGCGGGUGAGGCCUGCCAAGACUGCAUUUGUGUGCAAGGCGUUUGUGCGGAGAGGGUGGUGCCACUUUGGGGAUAGCUGUAGGAAUUUGCACAGUAACCCCAGUGCGCAGUAGCCUGUGCAGAGUGGCGUGAUUUUGCCGUGGGGUUUUAAGCCUGAGGCUCAACCUCGAGGGUAAUGGUCAGCUCAGCUACGGUAGCUUGUGUCAGGUCUGUGAAGGGGACGUUGCGUGCAGGCGACGAGCAUUACAGCAGAUGUGGAAACCCACUUCUGCCAUCGGUCUUCCCAGUUUCAAACCAUCUAGCUCCACAUACGUCCUUCUGGCUUUGCUGCGCUUCCACAGUUUUACAUUCAAACGGUCGCAAGCGUUAGCGAACGGCGAUGACGGGAGGCGUGGAGCUGAGGCUGAACGGAGUGGUCGUGAAGGUGCACCCUGAGGAGGCGACGGCGGGAGAAAUCAGCGUCACAGCAGGAGGGAUGAUGGCGGAGCGAGUGGCGGAGUUGGAGGCGACGUUGAGGCAGCAGGUCGAGGCGAUGGGCGCAUUGAAUCGAGAGAUGCACGACAUGCGGCGCGCCAUGGCGUGGGCGGCGAAGGGGCCGUGGGAGACGGGGAGAGAAGGGAUCAAGGAAGGCGCUGCGAGUGGCGCGGCAGGGAAGGUAGAAGAGGCAGGGGCGGGCGGUAUUGCGGGGGAGCUCCCGCCGAUGGGCGCGCGAGUCGAGCUUCUAGCGCUGGUGGAAGGGCUUAUAGCGGAGCGGGUGAAGGGCGCGCGGUACGAGCUUGACUCACAAGCGGAGGGGUUGCGGGGACAGGUGCGGGCGACGAGGGCGGAGGCGAGGGGCGCGGCGAACGAGCUGUGCGCGGAGGUGGCGCGAGCGCGGGCAGCGGGGGAGAGGCAGGCGGCGGAGGUGGCGCGAUUGGGGGAGGCGAUAAAGAGGCAGGCGGCGGAGGUGGCGGAUGUGCGCGCGACUGCGGCGCACUCGGAGGCGCGGAUGAACGACGUGGAGCUGGCGCUGGCGGACCUGAAGGACGCGCGGGAGACGAGGCGCGG